GUCAAGUUCUCACUAUUAACCGUGUUUUGGACGAUGGAAUUUGGAAGACUUCCCUAUUAGAAGUCUUCCUAGAGAAGGCAUCUUUGCUUGCGUAUAAUGACCAGUUUAGAUGAUUCCUUUAACCAAAAAAACAGCUACAUGCAUGGGUCAUCAUAAGCAUAGCUUUGUUGGCUUUCUGCUUCUUUUGUUGUGGUCAUGCCUAAAUAGCAUUGGACUUGAUUUGGUGGAAGGCAGAUGCUGGGGCAUAGAAAGAGGAGCGCUUCUUGCAUUCAAGGAAGGUCUUACUGAUGACUCUAAUAGGCUUUCUUCCUGGAUAGGGCAAGACUGUUGCAAAUGGGCAGGUGUCGGUUGUGACAACCAAACUAGUCAUGUCAUCAUCCUCAACCUUAGAAAUCCAUAUGCAGAAAGCGAUGACCCUUUAAUCCUCCAAAUACAUUCUCUAGGUGGCACCAUAACUCCUUCCCUUCAAUAUUUGAAGCAUCUCAGUUACUUGGAUAUGAGUCAUAAUGAUUUUGGGGGGAUUCAGAUUCCCAACUUCUUUGGCAUGCUUCAUAAUUUGGAGUAUCUUAAUCUCUCCUUUGCAUCCUUUGGUGGACAGAUUCCACCAUCUCUUGGAAACCUGUCAAGCUUGCAGUAUCUUGAUGUUGCACAAUUUGAGGAAGAUAUACAUGUUAGAGAUCUGCACUGGUUGGCAGGUCUCUCUUCUUUGAGACACCUAAAUCUUGGAGGGGUGAAUCUCAAUGCCACAGGAGAACGUUGGAUUCAAGCAAUCAAUAAAUUUCCUUCUUUGUUGGAGUUGUAUUUGUCUGGUUGUCAACUUGCUCACCUUCCUCUCACACUUCCCUUCCUCAACUUUACUUCUCUUUUGACAAUCGACAUGUCAGCCAAUAAUUUCAACUCCACCUUGCCAAAUUGGUUAUACAACCUUACCAAGCUUCAACAUCUUAAUCUGCAUUUGAAUGCAUUCAAUGGUGUUGGUCUCAUUCACAAACAGCCAGGGAACCUCUGUAACUUACAAAUUCUGGACCUUUCAUACAACAAAUUUCAUGGUGAGAUCAAAUAUUUGUUGGGUGAUUUUCAAGGCUGUUCAAAUACUAGCUUAAUGUGGCUACAAUUGUCAUACAACAAAUUUGUAGGAUCUUUGCCAAAUUCCUUAAGUGAACUUAAGAAUCUACAAUAUUUUGAUGUCUCCAACAACAGCCUGGCCGGAUCUUUACCAAAUUCAUUGGCAACACUCAGAUACUUGCAACAUCUUGAUCUCUCCUCAAACUCUUUUUCAGGUUCUAUUCCAGAAUCCAUAGGAAACUUGUCAUCGCUGAGGAUGCUGGAUCUUUCUGACAAUAUCAUGAACGGGACAAUUCCUGAAAGUUUUGGCCAACUCUUAGAGCUAGUUCAGGUAAGACUCAACUUUCCUUUGGAUCCUCUUUCUACAUUUCAUCUUGAUCCUACAUUUAAACCGUGGUUUGGAGCUCAUUUUACCUAUAGCCCCUAUAAUGGUUUUGAACCUAAUCAUUAUAAAUAUAAUUUGUGGAAUGGUGUUUUCACCGAAGCCCACUUGAUCAAUCUUACAAGCCUAGAAAAUAUCAUCCUUACAGUAGCUUUUCCCAGUUCUCUAGUUUUUAAUGUAAGUUAUGACUGGGUUCCACCAUUCAUGCUUAAGGAGAUUCACAUCGAAAACUGUUUGAUGAGCAAGUUUCCUGCAUGGCUUAAGUCACAAAGUAAACUUACUUAUGUCCUUUUGAGGAAUGCUGGAAUUUCUGACACCAUACCAGAGACUUGGUUCUCUAGGAUCUCCACUCGAAUUGAGCGAUUGAAUCUAUCCAAAAACAAGAUCAAGGGAAGGUUACCGAGAACACUGGCAUCUCAAAAUCUUCACUUCAUUGAUUUGAGUUCGAAUUUGUUUGAAGGUCCAAUCCCAUUUUGGUCCACUGAGGUAGAUACGUUAUAUCUUCAUGAUAAUCUAUUGUCCGGACCUAUACCUGGAAACAUUGAUGAGCUUAUGCCUGAAUUGAUGGAGUUAGAUAUUUCAUGGAAUCGUCUACAGGGUACCAUCCCAUCAUCCCUGUGCAAAAUAAAGGGUCUAGAAAUUCUUUCCCUGGGGAGCAACAGGCUUUCUGGAGAACUUCCUAAUUGUUGGAACCAAAGUCAAAGAAUUAAUGUUCUGGAUGUAGCUAACAAUAGCAUAUCUGGUAAAAUCCCAAGGUCUAUAUGCUUCUUAACAAGUCUCCAGUUCUUGCUCUUGAGUAAGAACAAUUUUCAUGGGAAAAUUCCUGCUUGCUUGCAAAAUUGUUCUAGUUUAUGGAGCCUUGAUGUUGGGGGAAAUAGAUUAUCAGGAGAACUACCUUCGCUCAUUGGAGAAAACCUAAGCAUCCUACGUGCGGGGUCCAACUCAUUAACUGGGAAAAUUCCCCCAGAAUUGUGCAUUAUGAAAUGUGUUCACAUUUUAGAUCUUUCAAACAACAGUUUUUCUGGGGUUAUUCCCAACUGUGUUAAUAACUUGACAACGUUGGUCACUAGGGAUCCUUGUCCAUUCUUCUCCAACAACAAUAUCUUCAGCCAGUUCAGCGAGCAUGCCACCGUAAUCACCAAAGGCACAAAACUCGACUAUGGGGGUAAGAAUCUUGAAUAUGUGAACAACAUUGAUCUUUCAAGGAACAAUCUUACAGGGAGAAUUCCAGAAGAGAUAACUACAAUACCUGCAUUGACCAUCCUAAAUUUGUCCAUGAAUCAUCUCAAUGGAAGCAUCCCCAACAAGAUAGGCAAUUUGCGAUGGCUAGAGUCACUUGACUUAUCUCACAAUCAACUUUCGGGUCAAAUCCCUCAAAGUCUAUCUAAUUUGACUUCCUUGAGUUAUUUGAACUUGUCUUACAAUAACUUGACAGGAAAAAUUCCCUCCGGAAAUCAGCUCGAGACACUAAAUGAUCCAUCCAUCUAUGAGGGCAAUCACCUGCUAUGUGGCUUUCCUCUCCCAGGUAAGUGUCCUGGAGAUUCUACUUCCAUUGGAUCUCUACCACCCAACAAGAACCAUGAUGAUGAUGACUACAGAGACUACGACAAAAUAUGGUUAGCUGUUAGCAUCAUCACUGGAUUUCUUGUUGGUUUUUGGGGUGUUUGUGGCAGCUUAGCAUUAAAGAAGUCAUGGAGGCAUGUGUUUUUUGGAUAUGUCAACCAAAUGAAUGAGAAGAUACUACUCUGGAUUGCACUGAAGGUGGCUCGCUCCAAAAGGAGGCUUGAGGAGCCAAGUAAUUGAAGGUAGUAGAAAACAGUAAUAGUAUUUAGGCAGGCUGCUUGUUUCCUAAAUAAGGCACCUUUGAAUUGAGUGCCCUUUAUGACUUUGCUUCGUUUUCAUUAGCAAUUCCUUGCAUUUUUAAGUUUCCCUUUUUUUGUUUAUGCAAUCCAUAUAUUGUGUUUGUUAAGAUUUUAUCAAGAAAACUCAGUUAAUGACAAUGCAUAAUAAAAGGAUAUAAAUAUU